GCCAUUUCCUCUUAUUGUUAAUAUUUCAUUUCAUUUUGUAAUUCCCAUCUCCCUCCCUAUCAAAUUCCAUCUCUCUUCUCUCUGAAACCCUAAAUCUCCAUGGGAGAAUCUAUGCCUCCUCGUCGCAUUUCCGUUCAUCAAGCUCUCGGAGGUGGCCAUGUUGCCGAUGUGCUGCUGUGGAAGAAAUGGAGUGGAGGAGUUUUACUGCUGAGCUCUACGACGGCGUCUUGGUUGCUGUUUGAGCGAGCUGGCUACAAUCUCUUGUCCUUUGUGGCUAAUGUUCUACUGCUACUUGUAGUCAUCCUCUUCCUCUGGGCCAAAUCGGCUUCUCUUCUCAACAGACCUUUGCCUCCUCUCCCUGAUAUGGAAAUCUCAGAGGCCAAUGUAGUGAAGGCUGCUGAUGCACUGCAUGCUGGGAUUAAUCGUGGACUGUUUAUUGCACGAGACAUUGCUAUUGGGAGAAAUUGGAAACUCUUUCUUCAGGUCGCUUUCUGCUUGUGGCUAGCUUCUUACAUCGGAAGUUUCUUCAACUUUCGUACUCUUGUCUACAUUGGGGUUCUCCUAAGUCUUUCAGUGCCUGUGUUGUAUGAUAAGUAUCAGGACCACAUUGAUGAUAAGCUGCAUGUAGCAAACAGGGUAAUACAAGCACAGUACAGGAAAAUUGAUGAUAGCAUCCUAAAGAAAAUUCCUUUGCAAUCAAACAAGGAGAAGAAGCUACAGUAGGGUAUUAUGGAGCGACGAAAAGUGUGAUAACAGCCUUUUAUAGAUGGGUUUCGAACAUUCCCGUGCUUGGGUUAUAUUUUUGUUGACAUGCUGCGGCUAUACGUAUUGACAGUGAACCGGCAUAGUUGACAAGAUUUGGGUGGAUCCUGUGAGUGUCUACAUUGUUUUUGGCUCUGGACCUUAUAAUAUUGUUGGGUGGAUCUUGGUGGUUAAAACUUUACGCGUUCAUAUCUGUGGGAUGAAAGAGAGAAACUUAAUCCUUAUAAUGAAAUAUAGAAUGUUUUUGCCUGCCUUGCCAA